AUGGCCUCUAUUCGCGUUCUUUCCUUCGAUGCUGAGGGCCGUCCCGUGCAGUUCACUUCCUGGCUCGACGACCUGCAGUUGUAUCUUAUGAGCAAUAGCACGGACCACAUCUCCCUCUAUGACUACGCGUCUGGUGCUGCCGCUGCUCCUGCUGCCACAGCCGAGCUUAGUGUUCGUUCCCACUGGCAGACUCGUGACGCAGCUGCUCGCCUAGCCAUUCGCAGUCACCUCCCGCUAGCUGAGCUCGAGCAUUUUGGCGACUGCAAAUCCGCUAAGGCCCUGUAUGAUGCUGUCGUCGCUCGCUACUCCUCGCCUGCCACAGCCGAGCUUAGCCGCCUCAUGCUGCCGUACCUGUUCCCCGAUCUGUCCACCUUUACUACAGUCGCCGAUCUUAUCACCCACCUUCGCACUAGUGAUGCUCGCCUGCGUGCCGCCCUUCCCACCGAGUUCUGCGCUAAGAACCCCCCCCCACUGUACUGGACACUCCACUUCAUAGUCACCCGUCUCCCUGACACCCUCCGCUCAGUUCGAGACCACUUCCUUGCUCGCUGUCCCACUGAGCUCACAGUCGCCCUCCUAGAGGAGCAGCUGCUCGCGGCCGAAAAGAGCAUUGUAGCUGUCGGUGCUGCUCGUGGCGCUCCUCGCACCCCCAUCUUUGAGGGGUGUUCUCCCUCUCCCCUCGCUCCCUCCUACGCUGCUGCUGCUGCUGUUGACUUCCUUGGUGCUGAGUCUGUUGGCGCUGCUUCUGCUCCUGGUGGGAGGCGCCGCACCGGCAAGGGCAAGGGGGGCAAAAGUGGUGGUGGUGGCGCUGGGGGGGGAGGAGGUGGGGGAGGUGGGGGGGGAGGCGGUGCUGGAGGGAGCGGUGGCGGGAGCGCUGGUGGGAGUGGGGUCGGUGGUGGAGGCGGGGGCGGCGGAGGAAGCAGUGGCAGUAGUGGCGGCGGCGGCGGUGGCGGCGGUGGCGGUGGUGGCGGUGGUGGCGGUGGUGGCGGUGGCGGUCGGAGCGGUGGUAGUGGUGGCGGCGGAGCUCAUGAGGGCUGGUGUUGA